GGUAGAUCCUCAUAUUCUAGGGUUCAAGGGGACCACAAGAGGCAGCUGUGGCGCAGGAUCUCUCGAGCAUGGCGCCACAGAAGGACUACUUGGUUGAGGUGGUCUUCACCCUCCCAGGAGAAGCCCAGCUCAUCCGCAUCUCCGGGAAGGACCGCACCCCCAUCGCCUCCGGCCUCUUCAGCAUCGUCCGCUUCGUCCCCUUCCCUGCACCCCCGAACGGCGCCGCCCUCUACUGCGCAGAAGUGCACACAACCAGGGUUUACUUCUCGCAGACCCCGGGAUCUUGUGUGCACACCUCUCCCAGACACUAUGCUUUCGCUGACAACGAAAACUGGUUAGGGCUGAGCCUGCCGGAGGGAAUUGGUGUCAAGGAGAUUAAGCAUUUAGAAGAGUUGCUGGCUGAGCAUGCAGGCUUGGAAAAUGUAGGCGCUGGGAGGCCGCCGGGGUCGCCAUCGGGGGGCGUUCGCACUGGGGAGGUGGGGGAGGGGCAGGUGGUGCGAAUAGGCCCCACCGGGCAGCUGAGCUUUGAGACGUUGUCGGCUGCUGCAAGCCCCUACGUGAAAGAGCUUCAGAAGCAGGCUAUCGUCCUGGCAGCUGUCGCUGGCCCUCACGUUGAGCGAGCGGCCCCACACGUUGCCCAGGGGAUUGAGAAAGGGUCCGAUGUGUUGGCGCAAGCGAUUAUCUAUGGAGCUGAGAAGUGCAGCUCGGGACUCGCUGCUGGGGGGGAGUUUGUCAGCCAAAAGGUGGCCCCCGCCGAGAAACCCGCGGAGGUAACGGAGGAGGAUCGGCUCAAAGCGCAGCGGAUCCGGCAAGUGACGGGGGUUGCGGCCAAAGUUUCCAAGGGCGUCGCAGAUGGGGUCGUGGCCUUCGCUACGAGUGUCGCGGGCGCUGUCUCAGGGGCGGUGGGGUCAACCGAAACCGGAAAGCGGGUCAAGGAGUCGAAGUCGGGCCUGAAAGAUGUCGCAGCAGCGUCGCUCGGAGCGUUCGGAAAAGUAUAUGUUGCGCUCGAAACUGGGACCAAGCGCGUUUUUCAGGAGGCGGGUGUGGUCACUACGGGAUAUGUGCGACAUAGACAUGGGCACGAGGCCGGUGCUCUGGCGGCGGAGUAUGUGGAGGUCGCCGGCAACGUGGCCGCCAGCGGUUACGCCCUUAACCAGGUCGGGGUCAGGACAGUUGUCGAAACCACGGCUCAUGUCACAGUGACGGACCUCACUCGGCAGGCGCCAGAGAGGGUCGGACGCAUCGAGGGCCCUGCCCAAAACGGGCAAGCGAGGGGAGACGCACGAAACAGGUUAGGAAACUAGGUCACAAUUUGUUCUUAAAUACAUCGGCGCAGUCAAGCAAAGUGAAAUCGGUAUUUAUGCUACAGAAUCCAAUACUGACCAUUCCAAACAACAGAAUUGAGAGCUACUUUAAGCAAAUGCUAUAACUCGAUUAGCCAUUAGUAUCCAUGUAAAAGUCUGUCAAGCUCGAGGAUGCAUGCAGCAACAUACACGGUCACAAUUUGCGUUCAAACCAGGGCCGCAUUUGAUCGUCAUUAAUCAUCCUGGAUAGGUGACCUAAGCGCUUUGAAACGUACUUUCCGGUCCGCGUGUUGAGAAACAGAUGACUGAGA